GGCCGAUGAACAAUGGGAUGAAUCUUUCCAAUUGCAUUAUCACCUGAUGAGUUACACAUGUUUAUUUGAAAGUAAUCCUAUAAUCAAUCAGAGUUAUUUUAGUGUAUGCGUCGUCGUCCUCUGACUCUGAAGCUCUUCUUGUUACGUUUCGUCUGACCGUCUCAUCCGUUGAAGUCAUCUAUGUCGAAGAACAUACCGCGUAAUUGGUUCGAACACGCGACAAUUAAGCGACCAUCGACUCAAUCUACUUCAAUCUAGUUUAAUAUUCCGUAUACCUCUUCCUUCCCCAUCUUAUUCUACCUAGGCAGAAAUAGAGAAACUGCUUGGUUUAAUAAAGAUGGGAAGCGUUACGCGCAUUGAGAAGAAAUUGUCAUUAAGUAACCUCUGGAACCGACGACGUGCCCAUGACUAUGUACCUGUUGAUGGUGCCGAAGACAACGAAUAUGCCGCCGCACCAGGUAAAGAGCCCGCAGGAAAUGUAGCACAACGUGCCCCAAAACGACAAUGUUGCCAAGGUUAUCUUACAUCUAGUAGCAUAUGGGGUUUGACGAUACUAGCCGCUAUCUUUCUCAUACACUUACUAGUAUCUACAGCUAGGAGCUUAUGGGGUAUAGAAGACAACCCAGACAAAAUAUUCGGUAACUGGGGAAAGCAAGGCACGGGGACCGAGGGUUUGGCUUGGUAUCCUACAGAUUUCCUCCGAGAUAUCUUACCGAUUCAAUGUCAUUCCCACAAUGACUACUGGCGCAAGGUGCCUCUCUUCUCUGCCCUACACGCCGGCUGUAUCGGAGUUGAAGCAGAUGUUUGGCUUUUUGACGAUGAUCCAGAACUCUAUGUUGGACAUGAUACCGCCGCAUUGACUCCAAACCGAACCUUCCAGUCUCUCUACGUGAAUCCACUGGUAGACCUACUCAAUCGGACGAACCCAAGAACAAAAUUUUAUAAUGACACGCGCCGCGGAGUCUUUGAUUAUGAUCCAGAGCAGACGGUUAUACUCCUGGUGGAUUUCAAGACUGAUGGGGCUGAGCUUUGGCCUCAUGUUCUCACCCAACUAGAGCCUUUGAGGUCAAGGGGUUGGCUGACUUAUUUUGAAGACGGAGUCGUCAAUAAACGUCAAAUAAUUGUCGUGGGAACGGGAAACACGCCAUUCGAUCUCGUAGUGAAUAAUCCCACAUAUAGAGACGUGUUCUUCGAUGCGCCGCUUGCAGACAUGUGGGAAGAUCCCGAUGCCCCAGACUCGGAGUCCACGGAUGACAUCACAUACAACGAGACAAACUCACUAUAUGCCAGUACGAGUUUUGGAGAAACUGUAGGGCAUGUUAUCACUGGUUUCAGCGAUGACCAACUUCGAAUAAUCCGUGGUCAGAUUAAAGGUGCGCAUCGAAGAGGACUUAAAGUCCGGUAUUGGGACACGCCAGGUUGGCCGGUUGGUAUUCGGAAUAACGUCUGGCACACCUUAAUGAAAGAGGGUGCAGACAUUUUGAAUGUAGACGAUUUGAGGAGUGCCUCAAAAAAGGAAUGGUAGAUCGGUUUCGAUGUAACUUGGUAUGUUCACACGAUAUAAAAGUAGAUAUUCUAUUGUAGUCGGAGCUAUUAGAGAGCUCAAGCUCCACUUUAGGGGAGGAUGGUCGGGUAGCCGGGGGAUGAGGUACCCACAACCCCGCUAUUACGUAGCUGGUAAAGACAAUUAAUUGCCCCUCUAGAGCUCC